UCUGAAUGAGUUGAGAGAGCCGACAGAUACAACAGACCCUCUGUUUCGACGUGCGCAGACUUCAUUAGGAGGGCGUAGGUUGCCAGCUGCGUCUCCAGUUUCCCUUAGCAGUUUUUCAGAAGCUCGGGAGGAGGAGAUAGAGCAGCUUCCAGAAUGGCUGCUGAAGGAGCUACUGAAAGGGCAACAGAGGAGUCACUCCAUUGGACUCAUGGAAAACCUACUGGAGGGCGAAAGUGUUCGUCAUCGUGUUGACUCAUCCAGAAGCCAAUGGAAAGGAAAGAUUGAGCAGCAAGUAACUCUGGAACAGCUUCAAAAGCUACACGUGGCCUUUCAGGACUUAGAAAUUAAUGGACAUAAGUAUUUGGAUGUGGAAAACUUCAAGCGCACGUUGAAGAAAUGCAUGGGGUCACAAAAUGCAAGUGAUGAACAAAUAGAAAAGCUUUUCAUGAAAAUUGACUGUUCUGCAACUGGCAGAAUUUGUUGGCAUGACUUCUGCACAUAUAUGCAGCUGGAAUACGCUGAACAACAUGAGUCAUCUGCCCGGUUGAAAGAGGUCUCUUUUGCACUACCUGCCACCAUAAAGGAGAUCCCACAUGGAGAGCCUGUGCUGAAAAUUUGCUCGCUGUUGGAUAGCACAUUGAUAACAGCUCGAGAAGACGGACAUAUUUCCUUCUGGUCACCACAGCUCAAGCUGAUACGAAGCAAGAUGGUGUUUGAGAAAGCCUACAGAAAAUCUAAGUGGUUGAUGGAUUUCACUGUCAUGACACCGUAUAAUAAGUUGAUAUUGGGAACUGGGGAUCGCGAACUUCAGCUCUAUGAAAGCUCCAACUUUGAACCCUACCUUCAAAUUAGCGGUUUAGAAGCUAUACCUUUGAAUGUGGAUUACUGCUACACAGAUCAUGAUGAAUGCAUGAUUCUUUACGGAGAUGACCAGGGCUGUGUCAAUAUCUUGCUCAUCUGCUCUGUGGGAGAGGUCCUAAGAACGUGGAAGAAGCUGCCCAAAUCAGAAAACCUUCCAAAUAUUAGCCUUGAGAAUGCGACUCUUUCUCCUAAUGUCACUUACAUCCGUUGGAAAGUUCAUGGAGACUGGGUUACUCAGCUGAAUUACUAUGAUUCUAUUAAAGCAGUCAUUUCUGCUUCAAGCCACGAGCCUACAGCCGUAGUAAUAGGUUGCGUUGUGGGAGCAACCAACGUUGAGCAACAGAUGAAGGAAAUAAAGGAACACAGGAAAGAUUCAAAGGCAAGAAAAGCACAGUCGGUCCUAGGAUCUCCCUCCCAUAGAGCUGAGGGGGAUCAGAUUGUUUUUCGAGUCCACAAAGGAGUGAAAACAUUUGCACUUAGUAAAAAGAAUAACCUUAUUGUAACUGGUGGGAUGGAUCGAAUCAUUCGGAUGUGGAAUCCCUAUAUGCCUGGAAGGCCAACAGGCAUGCUCAGAGGCCACAUGGCCCCUGUCUUCUAUGUCCACAUAUCUGAAGAGGACAAAAUAUUCUCCAUGUCAACAGACAACACAGUGAAGAUUUGGGAUGUUGAGGACCAGACUUGCUUAUUCACAGCCUGUUCAAAAAACAGUGGAAUUAAAGGAGAGAUUAGUGCUUGCCACUACAUACCAGGCGUAAGAUCGCUCUGCGUUGCCACGGAUACACUGGCUAUUCUCCAUCUAAGACUACGAUCGCCUCCAGAUCCUCACUUGGUUACUUCCCAUAAGAAGCCAGUUUUGUGCUGCAAGUUCAACAAAGUGUUCAGGCAUGUCGUGAGCUGCUGUGAGGGUUCUGUGGUAAAGGUGUGGGAUUUUGAUAGCGGAAAGCACUUAUUUGAAUUUGGCAAUGCUCAUGGUGGUUCUGCGGUAACCUGCCUCGCCUUGGAUCCUAGCGGAAGAAGACUAAUUACAGGAGGACGAGAUGGUUGCUUGAAUGUUUGGAAUUACAAUAACGGGCACUGCUUGCACACGUUGAAAAGAGAAGACAAAAGUGACGAAGUCUGUGACUGCACCUACGUGGAAGUCAACAGAAACAAGUACAUCAUAGGUGUUGGAUGGGAUCGAAGGAUAAACUUGUUUUAUGAUUCUACAGAAAACUUUCAUCACUUUCAGAAACCUCAAGCCCACUGGCAGGAUGAUAUAAACCGGGGACACAAAGAAGAUAUUUUGUGCAUUGCUCAGUGCCCACCUACUCUCCUUGCAACCUCAAGUUAUGAUGGUGAAAUUAUUGUUUGGAAUAUGAUCUCGGGUCACAUAUGUCAUAAAUUCCACACUUCUGUUGCCGCUGCCUCUGUUAGUACCAAACCUGUCAAUGCAAGUGUUAGCCGAGUAAUCUUUCUAAAGACCCGUGCGGUGAAAUUUGAAUCGGCUGCAGCCUCGCUUGUUUCCAAUGGGCCGCAAGGCCACCUGUAUUUCUGGAGUCUGCGCACUGGGGAUCCACUGAUAGCAAGUUUUGCACCUUCAAGAGGGAAAUCCUUGAUUACUGGCAUUGCCGUGACUGCUGAUGACUCAUAUUUGUAUGCCGCCGAUGAGGAUGGAUAUGUGUAUGUCCAUGACAUAAAAGAUUAUGCUCUUCAGGAUCCAGAACAAGAAGCACCAAAGUAUGUGAACCACUGGAGAGCUCAUUUGAAUCUGGUUCCAUCGUUAGAAGUUAUAGAUGAAGAGAACAUCCUGCUAUCCUGUUCAACUGAUCGUACUGUUCGGUUGUGGAGCCUGGAUGGAGAAUACAUUGGAACCUUUGGCCAAGCAGAACCUUGGGAAAUUUUUACCCCAUCCUCCUGGAAACACCCCAUGGUUCCUUAUGAAAUCCUGAUAGAUCCUCAAAGUAUGCCCAUUCACCCUGUACUAGAAGGAAAGUCCUCCGAUUUGCAGCUCAGAGACCAAGAGAAGAGAACUCAGGAUCCUGAAGCAAUCUCUAAUCCCCGGCUCUCCCCGGCUCCAGUUACCAGCGAGGACAUUCAAGAUGAAAUUAGCCUGCGUCUUUAUGCAAACACUUCAAGCAGGAGGUUGAAGCAUGAGCGAUCCAAGCUUUCAAACAGACGGGUUAGCCACGGGGGACCCAACACUUACCGCACAAUCAACUAUUAUGAAAUUGACAGUUUCCCGGGAAACUGUCGGAAGCCCGAUUUGUCUCUUCUUGGUACAGACAUUUUCAGUGCUAAUUACCAAGGAGCAGCCGAGUAGCAAGAAACUGAGCCCGUCAUUUGCCAAGUCACUGGAACCAAGGCCUGUUUAAAAGUCCUGGUGUAAUUUCUUCUGUUGUACUAUUCCCCACCCUUCAGCUGAAAUGGUGCUUAAUAAGCUAAACUUGCAAAGAAUUAUCCUGACCACAAUCCUCCUCUUUAAAGCUAAGUGUUGCUGUUCUGUUGUCUCAUCUCACUGAUACAUACCUCUGCUCAAACAGAUGACAAAA